CGUAGAGCCGCCAUGCCGGAGCCGCGCGGGUCGUCACCCCUGCGGGUGAACGCGGCGUUCGCCGCGCGGUACGGCCGCUACCGGGAGCGCGAGGAGCUGCAGCGGCUGAAAGAUCGCUAUGGGGAUAGGGACAGCUGCGGCGACUCCAGCUCCGAGUCUGACUCCGGCGACGAGCGCGUGGAAUUUGACACUCAGCAGGAGCGUGACUUUUACAGGACCCUCUCCUUACUGAAGAAGAAGGAUCCGUGCAUCUAUCAGAAAGAUGCCACCUUCUAUCAGAGAACAGCAUCGUCCUCGGACAGUAAGGAGGAGCCAGCAGCUGAAGAGAAGCAAAAGAAGGUGCAGUCCAUGUACCUGAAGGACUACGAGAGGAAGGUUAUCUUGGAGAAGGGAGGCAAAUAUGUCGAUGAGGAGAAUUCAGAUGGGGAGGCCUCCAAUCAGAGACUCCAGCAGACCUCAUCGAAAAGUUAUGUGGAAGAACAGAAACAGCUGAAGGAAAGCUUCCGGGCAUUUGUGGAGAACAGUGAGGACGAGGACAGUGCCGGGGAAGGUGGCUCCGGGUUGCUGCAGAAACGCGCUAAAAGCAGAGAGGAGAAGGCCCAGGAGGAUGCUGAUUACAUCGAGUGGCUGAAGGGGCAGAAGGAGAUUCAGAACCCUGACACCCUGAAAGAACUGACUCACCUCAAGGAAUAUUGGAACAACCCAGAGCUGGAUGAGGGGGAGCGCUUCCUGUGGGAUUACAUCCUCAACAAACGCUACGAGGAGGAGGGAGAUGAGGAGGAAGAGGAGGAAGGAGAAGAAGGGGUCCCUGGCCCCCCGGUCCAGCUGGCCGUGGAUGACUCCUCAGACGAGGGGGAGCUGUUUCUGAAGAAGCAGGAGGACUUUGAGCACAAGUACAACUUCCGCUUCGAGGAGCCAGACUCUGCCUCGGUCAAGAGCUAUCCUCGGAACAUCACAUCCUCCGUGCGCCAAAAGGACGAGCGCAGGAAGGAGAGGAGGGAAGAGACGCGGGAGCGGAAGAGGAGGGAGAAAGCGAGGAAGCAGGAGGAACUCAAGCAGCUGAAGAACCUGAAGAGGAAGGAGAUUCUGGCCAAGCUGGAGAGGCUGCGGCAGGUCACAGGCAACGAGACACUGGGCUUUGAGGAGCAGGACCUCGAGGACGACUUUGACCCCGCCCAGCACGACCAGCUCAUGCAGAAGUGCUUCGGGGACAAGUACUACGGAGCCAUGGAGGAGGAGAAGCCACAGUUUGAGGAAGAGGAAGGGCUUGAAGACGACUGGAACUGGGACACGUGGGCUGGGCCGGAGCAGGGUGGAGCUUGGAGCCAGCAGGAGCCGCACUGCGAGGACCCCGACUUCAAUAUGGAUGCCGACUAUGACCCCAGCCAGCCUCAGAAGAAGCAGCGCAAGGCUCCCUCGUUGGGCAAGAAGAAGCGAAAGUCGCCCUUUGCCACAGCCGUGGGGCAGGAGAAGCCUGUGUUUGACCCUGGGGACAAGACAUUCGAGGAGUACCUGGACGAGUAUUACCGGCUGGACUACGAGGACAUCAUCGAUGACCUGCCCUGUCGCUUCAAGUACCGCACGGUGGUGCCCUGCGACUUCGGGCUCAGCACCGAGGAGAUCCUCACUGCCGAUGACAAGGAGCUGAACCGGUGGUGCUCCCUGAAGAAGACCUGCAUGUACAGGUCAGAGCAGGAGGAGCUGCAGGACAAGAGGGCGUACAGCCAGAAGGCCCAGAACGUAUGGAAAAAGAGGCAGAUCUUCAAGUCACUCUGCCCAGAGGAGACAGAGAUGCCCACAGAAGCCACAGGGAAGCCACAGAGAGACAAAGCUGGCCCACAGGGGCAGCUGCUGGCACCCGAUGGGGCCUGUGGGAAGUGGCCCCAGCCUGAGAGCCCCCCAGUACAGGAAGAGGCAGCCCCUGCGACACCCACCGAGAAGCCGGCCCCCCAGAGGCAGAGGAGGGGCAAGAAGGCACGUCUCCUGGGCCCCACAGUAACACUUGGUGGACGCGAGUUCAGCCGCCAGAGACUGCAGGCCUUUGGCCUCAACCCCAAACGGCUGCACUUCCGCCAGCUGGGCCGGCAACGGAGGAAGCAGCAGGGGCCUAAGAGCCACCCCUGAGCUCAAGGGAGCCUGCAGGGGCCUUGGGGCUCCUCCCCUUCAAUCAAGCCCCCUCUUAUUGACUGUAUAGACCCUCACAUCUACCUGUGAGCAAGGAAGUCUUCCCAUCUUAGAGAUGUGAAAGCUCAGGCCUACUCAAUAAGCUUCCCCAGAUGACUUGGAACCUCACCUCGAGACAUACCCUGAGCCCCAUCCCUCAAAUGCUGGGCCCAGCCAUAGCCAAGGUCAAGUCAAACGGCUUUAUUAGCCCCCAUUGGUCACAGCCCCUCCUCCCUCCCACCAGCCCUUGGCAGGAUGGGGCGUUGGGACCGGUGAGGGGCAUGGACGGUCCAGUGCAAACUACAGUACUGAGUCAGGCCCUGAGUGGGUGCCCGGGGGCCCUCCCUCCCUGCCCGGUGAGGAGGGCCGAGCUGGUGGGAGGCAGGUGUGCGGGCUCUGUUCCUGGCUGAAUGGCCCCGGCCCGGAGGCUUCCUGGACUUCUCUCAGCUGCACUUGUCAGGGGGGGAGUUCAAGCUCCCACACCCAGCAUGACAUAAAUAAAAAAAUAAAUAGGGUCGUGUCUUCUCCCUCAUCCCCUCCCUUUAUAAAAACACAAAGUCCUCAGAGCUUGGGCGUUUAGCCUUGAGAAGCCGGCCUGUGCGAGGGAGCCGCAGUGGCGGCUGGGAGGGCUGGGAGCAGAGGUCGUCCAGGCUGUGGUCCUGAGCAUGGCCCUCAACCAGGGUGAACAUGGGGUAUCGCUCUGUGGCUGAGGAGGAGCUGAGGACCUGGUGGGAGGAGAGAGAACAGCUCAGCCCCCAAGCUAUGUUAAUUAUCCUAGUAGGUAUAAUUAUCUUAACAGGUAUAUUUAUCAGGUGCUUCCUGAACUCAACUCCCAUCCCUCCAGGGCAGUGAUGCAGGCCAGCCAAUCAGCACCUUCUGUGCCCUGGCUAUAGAGAUUGGCUCAGUGAUGAGCACAUGACCCUGUGCAGCCAAUGAACCACAGCUGUGGGAUUUUCAGCCCUGGGAUUUUCUCUGUCUGCUGAGGUGGGGCUCCCUUUCCACUGAACUAAAUAGUAGGUGCCCAGAGAGCCUGGUGGCCACUUCUUGCCACCAUAAGGGUAAAGCCUUGAUAGGAAAACAGAGCCAAAGGACAAGGCAGGGUCCUACCACUUGACCCCCUGGAAGCAGCUGUCCCCUUAAAUUUUUCAUUUCAUGCCUCUUUUUGCUGGGCUUUUGCAGCUUGUGGUCAGGAUAAUAAUCUUAACAAGAAAGCCUGGACGUGGCCUUGCCAGGUCUGCUGGCCUCAAAGCCUCUGUUCCUCUUCUACCCUAGCCCUGCCCUUUGCCUCCCACCCUCCAGCAUGCCUUGCUCACCCUGGUCAGCUCUGAGCAGAGCGUCUCAAACUCCUUCCUGUCUCCAGCAUAGAACCCCACAGUACAGCUCGGGUCCAUCUUGGCAAAGGCCAUCUUGCGGGGUGAGGUGCAAUGGAAGGACUGGGGCAGACAAACAAGGGAGGCUCGGGGGGAACCCUCCACAGGCCUCCAACCCCACCCUGGGGAUCCCAGCUCACCUCUAGGGGGAAGUCAGCCUGGCUGACAUCCACAGUGGGCUGGCAGUAGUGAGGGUCCAGGUAGAGGAGGAAGUCAUCUGCAGGGGAGCAAGCGUGAGCAGGGGUG